UGUGGGAGCCGGGCCAUGGCUGGGGCGGGGCCGCAGCCGAGCAGCGCCAUGGCUCCAGCGCUGGGUCUGGGGCUGCUCUGGGGGCUCGUGGGGCUCCUGGGGGACCCGGGGGGCGCGACCAAAGUUCUCCACUCCCUGCGUUACCUGCACGUGGCGGUGUCAGAGCCCAGCCCAGGGAUCCCCCAGUACAUGCAAAUGGGGUUCAUGGAUGGGAUCCCCUUUGUGCGCUACGACAGCGAGCAGGGCCAGCUGGAGCCGCUGACACAGUGGAUGAAGGAUGGAGUUGAGCCAGGAUUUUGGGAGUGGCAGACCCGGAACAGUAUGAGGAACCAGCACAUGGAUGCCAAGAACCUGGAGACACUGCAGGAGCGAUACAACCAGAGCGGGGGUCUCCACACGAGGUUGCGAGUUUCCGGCUGUGACCUCCUGUCUGAUGGGAGCAUCCGUGGAUCCCACCGGAAUGCCUAUGAUGGGCGGGAUUUAAUUUCCUUCGACCUGGAAUCCAGGAGAUUUGUGGCGGCUGACAGCGUUGGUGAGAUCAUCAGGAGGCGCUGGGAGCAGGAUGGGACCGUGGCUGAGUAUUGGAUUAAUUACUUGAAGCACGAAUGCCCCGAAUGGCUCCAGAAAUACAUCAGAUACGGGCAGAAGGAGCUGGAGCGCAAAGAGCCCCCUGAUGUCCAUGUGUCUGGAAAAGAGGAACACAAGAUGGUGAUCCUAUCCUGCCACGCAUACGGAUUCUACCCCAACACCAUCGCAGUCAGCUGGAUGAAGGGGGGUGAAACCUUGGAUCAGGAGACGGAGUGGGGCGGGAUCGUUCCCAACAGCGACGGCACCUUCCACACCUGGGCCAGGAUCGAGGCGCUGCCGGAGGAGCGGGAGCAGUACCGGUGCAGGGUGGAGCAUCCCGGACUGCCAGAGCCUGGGAUCUUCACUUGGGAGCCGACAUCUAGCGGGAAUCUCACCAUGGUGGUCUCUGUGUCCAUCAUCACUGCCAUCCUCAUCCUCAUUGUCGUCAUCGGAUUCGGCGUCUGGAAGCUCCAAUCCGGGAGGAGGGACAGGAAUGGAUACAACCCAGCAGCUGGAAGGGACAUGGGAACCAACAGCUUCAGCACAGGAAUCACUGCCUGAGUGAUCCAUGGAGCUGGAUCCGGCCCCUUCCCUCUUCCCAGGAAAGCUGAGAGCUGCCACCAGAGCUGAUCCUGCUGCUCCCACCCACCCCACAGGUCUUUCUAACGGAUUCAUUUCCAGUUUUCCAUUUCCCAGUGUUUUAAAGGCAAGAACCACAAAUAUUUACAAUGCUUUAGUUCUGGUGUGAAAUUAUCCUGCUUUGGGCAAUAAAUCUACUUGUGGCAAUAAAUCCUGCUUUGGGCAAUGUCCUGGAUUGUCACGCAAAUUGUACUCUAUUUACCAUCUGUAUGGCAGUUGUUUUCUGUUAAGUAGGCAGUUUUCCUUAUCUCUUCUACAACCGGGGAGAUAUCUGUUGAUAACAGGCUAUUGAAUGUCACUGCCUGACUGAUAAGAAUUACAGCAUCCCCGUGUGAGAUGCUCUGCCCAGAGGGGAGAGCCAAGCAUUCCUACCUGGAUAUAAUCUUGAGGUUCUGGACCACCAGCAUGACUUUCUCCACUGCAUCCCCAGAGGAACAGCAGCUGCCUCUCCUUCCACUGGAUCUUAGAGGAAGACUGCACCUUUCUACAGGAUCCCUGCUCCAAUAGAACCACACCUGACACUCCAGGAGGACUGCAGCCACAUUUCCAGUGGGACUGCUACCAACAACCUGGCCAACAGUGUCAGGUUGUUUUCUGACUCUGUCAGUGUUGUUCUAGUGCACUGCAUUGUUUAUUUUAUCUUUUUAUUUUCUUGCCUAGUAAAGAACUGUUAUUUUCUGCUCCCAUAUUUUUGCCGGAGGGUCUCUUAAUUCCAAAUUUAUAGCAAUUUGGAGGGGUGGGGAGGGUUUACAUUCUCCAUUUCAGGGGAGGCUCCUGCCUUCCUUAGCAGACUCCUGUCUUUCCAAACCAGGACAGAUUUUGGCACCCAAUGUGAAGCUCAAGGGCAUAGAAACAAAAAGGGGUAACAGUUCUUGAGUAAUCUAAUUCUGUGUGCUGAUACAGAAACCUUGUUAGGUGUCACCAUGUGGUCCUAGUUUGGGUGGCAUGUGACCAUGGUUGUAUUUGUCCCAUUCACACGCCCUCAUCUAAACAUAGGUCCUAUAACCAAGGCUGUUGUCUGGUUUGCUUUACAGGUUAAUAAGGUGAGGAAUUAAUGGAUUUUUAACUUCCACUAGAAGGCAAGCAUAUGGAUUCAGAGCUAUCACACCCUUACUGUAUGGGCCCAUCAAUGCCUUGCCCCAUGACUCAGAGAGAACUCCCUCCAGGAGCCAUUUCUGUUUGAUGGGAAAUCAAGGACCAAUCAUGACUCAGACCGAUAUCAGCCCACUGGGAGAUGCUCUGCCCAGUGGGGAGGAGCUCAGCAUCCCCACCUGGAUAUCAUCUGGGCUUUGGGACAGAACAGGCAGCCCUUACCCACUGGUUUCUAGAGGACAAGAGCUGCCAGAUCUUUUCUACGGGAUCACCACAUCAACAAGACCGUUUCAUCUGGACUGCCACCACCACCCUAACUAGCAGGGUGUCCGGUUUUAUUCUGACUCUGUCAGUGGUUCCAUUUUGUACUAUUGCAUGUAUUUUUGUUUUUUUUCCCUUUUCCUAAUAAAUUGUAUUUCUGA